AUGGUGGUGACGGAAGCACGAUCUACAGCGAGCCAAGGGUUGUCGCAAGCGGCAAUGGUGGUGGAAGGUUUGCGGUCUGCAGCGAGCAACGGCGUGGCACGAGCGGUGACGGCAGUAUGGUCGGCAGCGAGCUUCAGUGCAGGUGCGGUGCAAGCAGCGAAGACUGCUACAUCUGCAGCAGCCAUUGGUGUUGCCGGAGCUGCAACAUCUGCAAAGGCUGGAGCUGAGAGGGCACUGGCUCAAGUCGCCCGGUCUGCCCACUCCGUUGCAUCCAUCAGAGCCACAGAAGCAGCACAGGCAGCGCGUUCCGCUGCUGGUAUUGGCACUGCAACAGCAGUCCGCGCCGUCAGCUCUGCGGCGGAACUUGGCACUGCGCGAGCAGUGCAAGUCUUGGAUGCCGUGCAAAAGCACAGAGCUAACCAGAAGCCUGCAGACGACCUAGAAGCCGGCCGCCGCAAGGGCCCAUCGCCUGACCGAAGCAGCCAACGAUCGAGCAAGAAGCCAAAGAACAGCUCGGCUGAAGGAAAUCGUGAGCGCAAAAGCAAGAGCCCAUAA